UUUACCUUGCCCUUUUUGUAUUUACACAUGAAAUGUGAAAGCAAUAAACAUCGAUUUCGCCGAUAGAGCUUUCAGCACGCAAUUUGACCCGUCAGUUAAGUGAUUCCUGUUUAGAUACUAAUAACGAGCUGAUGCACAGGAAAAAAUGCCAAGUCGUUGCAAACCCGUCAUGCGAUGGAGUUGGCCAAAGUGCAGGACAUCAGUUUGCUAGGAGCCGCCGAUGAAGCACGAUGUUGCCCAGCGCCGUGCACAAUGUGAGCCUGGUUUACGCCCUGGUUUGGGCCAUUGAUAACUACUAUGGAAUUGCCACCAGCACACCACUGGCGGUGGUGCAAUUCCCCACCAGUCGGGAAAGCAGGAGGCUGCACAACGAUCUGAUAGAUGCUGCCCUGGGCAGAUCUUCGGGCACGGGAAGAAUCCAGUUUCUGCUGGAGGAUGACCGUGUGGAGAUGACGGAAACCGAUACGGAUCCGCCGCCUCCAAGUGGAUUAACGGGCAGACCCAUAGCAAUCUGGUUCCUGGACAGCUUGCGUUCAUACUUCCGCUUGGAGAUGUACCUCAAUCAGUUGGGCAGUCCGUACAAAAGAAAUGGCUUCUUUCUGGUCGUUUACACCGGACUGGAGGAUCAGCCCAUGGAGUCACUGAAGAUCAUGUUUCGGCGUUUGUUAAAUAUGUAUGUGCUGAAUGUGAAUGUGUUUCUGCAAAGAGAUGAAACUGUCCAUUUGUACACUUACUAUCCCUAUGGACCGCAUCACUGUCAGUCCUCGCUGCCUGUCUACUAUACUGCUUUCCAGGAUCUACCCGCUCCGGCAACCGGAUUCGGUCUUACCAAGCCGCUUUUCCCCAGCAAAUUGGCCAACAUGCAUGGCUGUGAACUGGUGGUUGCAACCUUUGAGCAUCGGCCAUACGUGAUCAUCGAAGAUGAUCCGAAGACUCCGGGAGGCAGAAGCAUUCACGGCAUCGAGGGCUUGAUUUUCCGAUCCCUGGCCGAGCGGAUGAACUUUACUAUUAAAAUGGUAGAGCGGAAGGACAAGAACCGCGGCGAAAUUUUGCCUGAUGGAAAUUUUACGGGAAUCCUAAAAAUGAUGGUCGAUGGCGAGGUGAAUCUGACAUUCGUUUGCUUUAUGUACAGCAAAGCCCGUUCGGAUCUGAUGCUACCAAGUAUAUCGUACACAAGUUUUCCGAUUGUCCUUGUAGUUCCGAGUGGGGGAUCCAUAUCGCCCAUGGGACGAUUGACACGACCCUUUCGCUACAUAAUUUGGUCCUGCAUCCUGGUUAGCCUGAUCUGCGGUUUCCUGCUGAUUUUUCUUCUAAAAAUUACUGCUGUGCCGAGAUUGAGAAACCUGGUGCUGGGCAGACGCAAUCGUCUUCCCUUUAUGAGCAUGUGGGCCAGUCUGCUCGGCGGUCUGGCUUUAUAUAAUCCACAAAGGAACUUUGCCAGAUACAUUCUGGUGAUGUGGCUCCUGCAAACACUGAUCCUCCGGGCCGCCUAUACGGGUCAGUUAUACAUCCUCCUCCAGGAUGUUGAUGUGCGAUCGCCUAUUAAAUCCCUUAGCGAGGUGCAGGCCAAAGACUAUGAGUUCCGUAUUCUGCCCGCCCUGCGGACGGUCUUCAAGGAUUCGAUGCCCAACACCAAUUUCCAUGUGGUGCUCUCACCUGAGGAGUCACUGUACCGGCUCCGUGAUGAGGAUGACCCAGGUAUCGCAGUGCCUCUUCUACAGCCCACUAUCAACCAGUUUGACUUUCGAUCGGGACCAAAAAAAAGGCACCUGACCGUUCUGCCCGAUCCACUGAUGACCGCCCCCCUAACCUUCUACAUGCGACCGCAUUCCUACUUCAAGAGGCGAAUCGAUCGUCUAAUCAUGGCCAUGAUGUCAUCAGGCAUCGUUGCCCGGUAUCGAAAGAUGUAUAUAGACCGAAUUAAACAAGUGGGCAAGCGGCGGAACCUGGAACCCAAGCCACUGUCCAUCUGGCGACUAAGUGGAAUUUUUGUUUGCUGUGCAGGGCUAUAUAUGCUGGCCCUAAUUGUCUUUAUCCUGGAGAUCUUGACCAGGACUCAUAGAAGAUUACGCAGGGCUUUGAAUGUAAUUAACAGAUACGCGGCAUAAUAUAUUAAUCAUUUUAAUUUGUUAAAAAAUUGGUUAAAAAACGUAAA